AUGGGGCUCGCGGGCCGCCAGACGCUGGACUCGCUGUACCCGCAGGCGCGCAAGCUGCAGUUCGAGCUCAAGAUGCAGAUGAGCUACCUGGACUCGGGGCGCACGGGCGGCCGCACGGACGCGGAGCUGCAGGCCGAGGCGCGCGCCAACCUGAGUACGCUGGAGCAGCUGCUGUGGCAGCUCGACUCGCUCGUGCAGACGAGCGCCAAGCCCGCGGAGCGCGACACGUGGGCCAAGAAGCUGCAGCAGCUGCGCAGCGAGACGCACGCACUCGGCAGCACGCUGGAGCAGCACAUCUACAGCGUCAACCGCCGCGCCGUGGAGGCGCGCGAGCGCGAGAGCCUCAUGAGCAGGCGCAACGCCGGCUUCGACAGCGGCAACGGGGCCAUAUACGCGGCGCAGGAGUCGGAGAGUCUGCAGCGCUCGUCGCAGAUGGUCUCGGACCUCACGAGUCUGUCGCAGUCGAUCCUUGGCGACCUGGGCGAGCAGCGCAACCGGAUGAAGGUGCGGCCGGGCGGGCGGACGAACUGA